CAAAACCUCCAUCUAGCUCCACCUCCCAAAAUCCAAACCCAUGAUACCCAUACUACUCCAUCUCCUCUAUCAUCAUCACCACAACUACCAUCGUCCACCACCAUAAACUUCAUCACCACCACCACCACUACUCCAUCACUACCACUCAAAGUUAGCCAAAAGAGCAUCACAUGCAUCUUCAUCUCCAUUCCAUUCAUCAUCAAGAAGAAGUUCAUCUUCCAUCCAUUCACCAUCAAGGAGGAUUCAAGGAGGAAUAUCAAGGAAAAGCUAGCAAUCAAUUUGUCAAGCUUCAACUAGUUCAUUCUUUUCUCAACUCCUUAAUUUACCUUGAUGUAUAUCAUAGAUUUUAUGUUAAUUUGUAUGAUAAUCAGUGAGUAGUUACUUUGUUGGAGGUAGGGUUGAAAGCUCUAGCCAAUAUUGUAUGUAUUGAUGCUAUGACAUGAUGUGAUGCAAUUUUCUUUCAUACAUCUACAUGCUAAGCUCAAGAUCAGUUGAAUGCAUAUGCUUAGACUUUACACUUUGAGUAUGUGUAUUUUCCAUGUCAUGGUAUAAUAUUUAGAGCUUGGUAACCUUUGAAUGUUAAAGCAUGAAAAUACAGUAGGUGUGCAUGUAGAGGUUCUGAAUUACUAUCACUUAGAGAUAAGCUUGGUGGGUUUGCAUAAUUUCUUCAUCUCCAAACUUUAUGCACUUAGAGUAAUGCACUAGAUACCUAACCGGAUUGAAAUACAUAACUUAAGUAGUUAAGUACUACACCCGAGAGGGGUUGCUUGAUAUCACAAAAUGAGCAUGUCCCUUAUUAUACCUGAGAGGGAUGCAAGGAGAGAAAUUGGUUAAUUAAUUUAGCAAUAUUGAUAUGUACCAAUACUUGCAAGGGAGGUUAGUUGUAGACAAUCCAAAUCCUAACUUUCAUCUAUUAGAUCACUAGUUUAGUUUAGAGUAAUUUAAUUUACAUAUUUCAGCAUCUAGUUGUUUUCAAUUCAAAAUUAUCUUCAAAAACCAAAAUCAAAUCACUAGCUACUCCAUCUUGCAAGUACUCACCAUGAGCCUAGCUUGUGAAUUUAGGUUUUGUGAUUGUACAUUUGUAUAUUCUAGCUCUCUUUAGGUUCACACCCUAGCUAGUGAAAGGAAUCUAAUCCUUGUGAGUUCGACAACAUUUCUUAAAUCCAUAUACUAUUACUUGUACCCCUUAUACUUGAGGGUGACUAUUUGACUAGCUAACAGGUCACCCAGCCGCAAGUUGGCAUACUCACUCACACAUCAGCAAACCAGAAGAACACGUGUAAGCCAAAAAAUCUUCGGCCGCACUACACGUGGUCUAGACAAUUUUUUUUUGUGAACAUUCACAUCUAAUUAUAUCAAGAUUUUUUUGGAUCUAGAAUGAAUUUAUUAUAUCAGGACAUUUUGAGUGAAAAUUCAAUACUUAACAUAUGAUUAAGUUAGGACAAUUAUAUAUAGUUGUCACGUUUGUUUUAAACGUCAUUAUUGAUUUUACAUUCCAAUCUCACCAUUCUAUGUUACGAGUAGAGAGAUAAGAAAAGAAAAGGAAAACAUCACGUUUCACAUUCUUAGAUCUGUCAAUAGUUUGUCCUCAAGAAUAAAAUUGGCUUUUUGACUGUCAGUUCAUAUGCGUUUGAGGUCCAAUUGAGUUGUAACCCGUUCUGUAAUGAUCAAGAACAUUCUUCUUGCUUCUUUUAAACCCUUCAACUCUUAUCCAGUGUAUGUCAGAGACCUUAUUUCCUUAACGGAAUCAUUCUACAUCAGUCACUUGUCAAAGUUGACGGUCAUAUGAGAUGUUUCUGAAAGUUUAUCAGAAUAGAUCGAGAUCAACUUUGGCUACGUGGUGAAGCUACAAGAAAUGCAUGAAAAUAUAUUGCCACCUCCACAAACCCUAAAGACUGCUUGUGCCAUUUGGCAUCACACAUGCAUGCAUAUUUGGCAUUUGAAGUCGUACUCUUAUGCUGUAUAAAAGGAAAUGAACAGCGCUACCUAGCUCUUUCAGAGUUUCAGUCAAGAACUUUGAGAAGAACCAGAAAUGGCAGAAACAGUUGGAGGUGUGAAGAUGUCCUGCAACGAUAGCUGUGGCUGCCCUGUUCCGUGCCCUGGCGGCGUGUCCUGUAGGUGCACAACCAGGACGGAGGCCACGAGUGGGGACGGCCACAUGAAGUGCUCGUGCGGCGAGCACUGUGGCUGCAACCCGUGCGCUUGUGCUAAGAGCGUCGUCUCUGCCGGAGUAGGCAGGGCCUACUGCAGGUGCGGCGAGGGUUGUACCUGUGUCUCAUGCUCUGCCUAAUCAAGGAUAUCCAUCACAGCUAGUGUACUAUUAUAAAAGCUACCAUGUAAAGUUGUUAAUAGACAUUUUCCUUUUUGUGUCGAAGGUUGUUAAUACUUGAUAGACUUGCUGGUCUUUGUUCUAGA